CGUCCCACCACCACAACAGCCCGCAAGCACAUCGCUCAGCAAGCAGCGUCCUGCCGGCGACAGCAAGCAGCCGUGAUGCCCGAGCAGAUCCGCGCCUGGCAUGCCGGCGAGCUGGCGGCGCAGCAGGCGCGUGGCUACGAGGAUGCCGUAUGGGGCCAGUACGAGGCGCUGGAGCCCGGCCUGCCCAACUCGAUGCGUCCGUUCCUGGAGCAGCUGCCCUUCCUGCCUCUCACCACGCUCGACGAUGCAGGACGGCCCUGGGGCUCGCUGCUCAUGCUGGACGGCAGCGCCGGCUUCCUGAUGCCUCGGCCCGACGAUUCCGGCGAGGAUGAAGAGCACGGCGUCGUGGUGCGCGCUCGCGUGCCGCAGGACACGCCGCUGCGACAAGCACUGGCGAGAGCGGAGGGGAAGCAAGAGGUGCUCUGUGCGGCAGUUGGCGUCAUGCUGCACAAUCGCAGACGCAACAAGUUCGAGGGUCGCCUGGUGGACGUCAAACAGCUGGAGGAGGACGUCGUGGAGUUCACCAUCGACCAUACAUCGACGAUGGGCAAUUGUCCCAAGUACAUCAAUCUUCGGCAGCUGGUCAAGAGUGACGCUCGCCCGCGCCGGGCGAUCAACGAACCACAGCCGGCUCUCGGCUCUGCGCUGCCUUCCGACCUCGUGGCAGUCGUACAAGAAGCGGAGCUCGUCUUCCUGCACACCAAGCACACGGGCAGCAGUGGCGGGUACCAUGCUGACCCCUCUCGCCUCGGCUGCAACUUGCGCGGCGGACCUCGCGGCUUCCUUCGUUCGUACUUCGACGAGAAGCGCGCGCGUACAGCCGUCGUGCUGCCGGACUGGAGCGGCAAUCGCAUGCUGCAAUCCUUCGGCAAUGUCUCGCAUGACGGCGUGGCAGGCAUCAGCAUUCCACAGUGGGGCAUGCGAACAUCCCGCGGCGACUCGACGACGCGCAUCUUGCAUCUGACGGGCGACGCUGAGGUGCUCGCGGGCGGAGCCUCGAGUGCGGUCAUCAAGGGGGUAGCAGGCUGCAUGAUCCUCUGGAUCACCGGAUGGAACGUCAUCGAAGGCCUCCCACUCGUGAUCGAGGCGCGCCAUGCCGAGCUUCGUGCGCGAGAAGCGGGCGUAGAGGUAGAUGAUCAAAUGCUACUCGACGCCUCGAUAGGGUGGUCGCCGUACAACCCACCAGUGCGCUAUCUCGUUUCGGAGCGACCUUCGACACUGCUGGCGCAGGCGGCAACCAAGGGAGCAGCGCCGCCGCAGGCCACGCUCGUCAAGGCCGCCUUCGCCUCGGAGCAGAUCGCUACGUUCACAUGGCUAGUUGAAAGGAAGUAUGCGGAUGCUUGGGCCGCGGGCAAGCACCUCAUCGUGGAUGCGCACGAGGCGCUCGACACGCGCGUCAAGAUGUAUCAGCAUAUGUCCUUCGCCCGCGGCGGCGAGAAGGAUCUGAACGACGAUGGCGUACGCUCCUGGACCAUCUCUGCCUCUCGUCCUUCUUCGGAAGUCGAAGGCACGACGGAGCUAGACGUGACGCUUCGACGCACGCCUCGAGGCGGCGUCACGCCCGGCCUCUUCGCGCGGGGCAAGCGCAUGGUGGAGGGCCAGGCGGCGGGAGCUCCGCUUGUGCUGCCUCUGCUGGGCAUCGAGGGGGAGAUGUUGCUCCCUGCCGCUGGAAGUGCAGCACAAGAAGAAGAGAGGCAAGCGAAGACGCUCGCUUACUUCGUCGCCGGCAUCGGCAUCACUCCUCUGCUGGCACAUCUCCCCGAACUCCGCGCUCGCUCCGGAGCUCAAGGCGAGACGUUCCACGUCCUCGUCGUGCUGGCCACGCGCGCAGCUGACGCAGAGACGAUGCUCCAGCUGCUUCACACCGCGCUGGCAUCGCCUAGACCGCCGCAGGCCGGCGAAGCAGCGGGACAGCUCGACGUGCAGGUGCACAUGCUCGUCGGCGCCUCCGAAGCCACUCCGGCUUUGUCUUCCUCGUCGUCCGACAGUGCCAUCAACCUCUGCCUGCACACGCAUGUCGACGUUCGCCUGUCGCCCGACUCGCUGCUCGACGCAUCUCCCUCCGCCACCGCUGGCGAAGAGGGCGCCUUCGUGCUGCCCGCAGCCGACGCCCAGCGCCUGCGCCUCGCAGACGCCGUCUUCCUCUGCGGUCCGCCGCGCUUCGAGGGCGUGGCUCGCGCGGCGCUGCGCAAGGCAGGCGUCGAUGCGACGCGCGUGCGUUCGGAGAGCUUCUCCUUCUGAAAGCCGGACUUCGCGCAGACUCGUGCUGCCUGACCUCCUUCUCGCUCUCUCUCUCUCUCCAUGUCUCCUCUCGUCUCGCGGUCUUGUCUGUAUCGCUCCUCUCGUCGUCUGCGCAACUCAUGUCCCAUUGACGUUC